AUCAAAUUGAAACUUCUGUUUACAACAAUCUGUUAACUGCUGUUGAAAUUCUGAACUUGUACACUAUUAUUGACUAUUGUCACACAAAGUGUACCACUUUGUUGGCAGUAAAUUAAUAUUCGGUUUAUCUGUUAUUACAUUAAAUUCUUAUACUGUUUUUUAAACGCUUGCCUUAACUAAUUUGUUUUCUUUUAAUAUGAGCUCACUUUGUUCGACAUAAGUGUUUGACUGUUUCAAGAGUGAUAUUGCAUUUCAGACUGUUGCUGUCAUGAGCGACGAUGACACUUGGCGCACGCCAAAUUUUCGGCAAAAUGUUGUUAACAAAAUUGAUGAAGCUAUCUCUCAAUCUGGUAUGCCUACAACAAAGAAUAGUUUGGAAAUGGAAAAUCAUGUAUUCAUGAAAGCCAAAAGCAAAGAUGAGUAUUUGAGUUUUGUUGCCCGUUUGUUAUUACACGUUAGCGGAAGAGACAUGAGAGCCGGUAAUCAAAUGAUGAAUAUAAAUCAAAAUCCAGGCACCGUAAAUGCGACCACAUUGUUGCAAACGUUAAGCAAUCGACCGCAAACCCAAAAUAAAUUGCCAGGCCAAAUGACAAUGGGUGCGGGUCCUAUGAACCAGGGACCACCAUUGAGACCUAAUGGACCGAUAAGUCAAAGUCCAAUGGGUCAAGGCCCAAUGGGCCAAGGUCCAAUGGGUCAAGGUCCAAUGGGCCAAGGUACAAUGGGUCAAGGACCGAUGAUGCAGAAUACAGGUCCCGGGCCUAUGAACAAUCAGAUGGGUCAGGUCCCUUCGAUGCCGAUGAAUUCAGUUAUGGGCGGGCCUCCAAUGCAAGGAAUGCCUGUACAAAUGCCGGGUCAGAUGCCUGGGAUGCCUAAUAAUAUGCAACCGGGCCCGAUGGGACGUAUGCAACAAAGAAAAACGCCAAAUGCCCCAGACAAUGUAAUGAUGGUUCCAAAUCAACCUAAUGUUGGCUAUGCUGGCGGUCCACCUAGAUCUGUGGGAACUAGCCAGUUUCUCAGUCAUAGCCCUUCGUCACCGCAACAGUCUCCAGUAAAUGUACUUCCGGGAAACCAAAUGAUUGCCUCUCCUAGUGGUCCACAGUUAACUCCAAGCGGUUCAAUGACUGGACCCAUUAGGUCAAUUGGUCCAGUUCCGUCUCCUGGUAGUUCGGUCCCGUCUUUAAAUACUCCGUUGAAUCCUUCGAAUGCUGGUCCAAGUCCUUUGGCCCAAGAAGAUAUCGCCUACAGAGAAAAAGUUAGACAGCUUAGUAAAUAUAUUGAGCCACUGCGAAAAAUGAUUGCUCGAAUAGGAAAUGAAGAUGUGGAAAAAUUAGCUAAGAUGAAGAAAUUAUUAGAAAUUCUUUCAUCGCCUAACCAACGGAUGCCUUUGGAAACAUUGUUAAAGUGUGAAAUUGCUUUAGAAAAAUUAGACUUAAGCAGAGGCGAAGGUGGGAGUGUACCGCCACCGCCGUCGUCUGCUAUGAGAGAAGUUCAUCCACUUAUAGAAGUGAUCAGCUCAAUGAUUCAAUCUCCAAAUUUCAAUCAUACUUUACACCGCACCUUUGCGCCAUGUAUUGAAUUUAUGGUUGGGCCAAGACGACCUGCUUCGCCACCUCCCUACACUGGAACCGAUAACUUCAAUGAAAUUCAGAGUAUAAUACCUAAGGCGUUAGAAGGAGAAAUAGCUAGACUCGAUCAGCGUUUCAAGGUAUCUUUAGAUCCUGUACGUCCGAGUGGAGCGUCUUGUAUUCGUUUACUAUGCCAACUAGACGAUAAAAACUUGCCGUGUGUGCCACCGAUCAAUAUAAUUGUCUACGAAAAUUAUCCACCUGCCAAUCCUGCAUGUGUCAUUUCAUCAAACGAUUACGGCGGUACUUCGUUUCUUAUGUGCGUCAAAGAUGUGUUUGAAUCAAGAAUGAUGUUAAUGCCGAUUCACUUUACUGUUUCACACAUACUCGACUCUUGGGAAAUGAGCGUAAGGCAAGCAGUAGCGGCAUUACUCGAUAACAAAGAAAUAAUGGUUUCCGACUGAUACUCUACAUAAAUAGGCUCUUGAUGAAUCUGGUUACUUAUAUGAUUAUUAUUAUUAUUAGUGUUAUUUAAUUUUUUUUAUUUUCCUAAUUUAUAAAAGUAUUUCAUAAAUUCACUAAAAACAUAUUGUUUUUGAGUUGGAGAAUGACUAUUUUUAAAUGUUACUUAAUUUUGUAAACUACCUGUCAUUGUCGUAAAUAUAUUAUAAUGAC